AUGAGGUCCAUCAAGUGCGUAAUAAUUGGUGAUGGUGCAGUGGGUAAAACAUCUCUUCUGAUAUCGUAUACCACCAAUUCUUUCCCCACCGACUAUGUUCCAACAGUUUUUGAUAACUAUUCCACCACUAUAGCUAUUCCUACCGCAACUACAGAUAGCCCCUUAGAGCCUGGAAGCGAUAAUACUAAGGGAGAAUCAUUUUCGUCUUCAAAUUCCUUACCAAGUACAGAAAGAAAACUAUUUAAGAUCAAUUUAUGGGACACUGCAGGACAGGAAGAUUACGAUCGUUUAAGACCGUUAUGUUACCCUCAAACUGAUAUUUUCUUAAUAUGUUUUUCUGUAAGUGAACAUGCUAGUUUUGCUAAUGUCACUGAAAAAUGGUUACCUGAACUUAAGCAAACUUCUAAUAUUGAAAACCUUUCUCUCUUCACCAAAUUAAAGAAGUAUCCGAUACUAUUAGUAGGUACCAAGGCUGAUCUCAGAGAUGAUCCUGUAACUCAGAAAAAACUACAAGAAACAAAUUCUGAUUAUGUAUCCCAGGAGGAAAUAGAUAAAGUCGUGCAAGAGUACGGAUUUAUGGGAUAUACGGAAUGUUCUGCUGCUACUCAAGCUGGUGUCCGAGAGGUUUUUGAACACGCAGUGAGAUAUGCCAUUUACGAGCCGGAAUCCAAUCUGCAGAAAUCAGUAAAAGAGACCACCACCGAUGAACUAACGACCGCCACAACUAAUAACAACAAGGACAAGAUUAUGCAAGAACAAAAACCACAUCCACAUCCCAAUAAUAGUACAGAUAGCACACUUUCCAAGGACAAUUCACAACAGGAAAAAGAAGCCCUUAAUUAUAAGCCGACUAAAAAACAACAUAAAGACAAAACUCACGAACAGGUUAAAUCCAAAGGCACCAAGAUGGCCACAAAGACGCAUUGUAAUAAACAAACCAAAUCAAAGGUAAGAAACGAGAAGAAGAAGAAGAAUUCAAAAUGCGUAAUUCUUUAA